AUGAACGUGAACGGCGGCAAGAAGAUAGUCCUCCAUAGCUCCAAUGGCGAGGUCUUCGAGGUGGAAGAGUCGGUUGCCGUCGAGUCUCAGACGAUCAAGCACACGAUAGAGGAUGAGUGCGACGACAACGUCAUCCUGCUCCCCAACGUCACCGGCAACAUCCUAUCCAAGGUCAUCGAGUACUGCAAGCGCAACGUGGACGCCGCCAGGGUUGAGGACAAGCUCCCCUCCACAGCCAACACGAUGAAUGAUCUAGGAGACUUUUUAAUGUGA